CACCAUACGUCCAGCUGAGAACAAGAAACGAACCCCAUAGCUUUUCCUCUGUCUUCUCUCUCUCUUCUUCUGUAAAUAAAAAAACAAACCUUUUCGGUUUUCUUUUCUCUCUCCAGAAGAAAUCGAUUCAAUUACCCCCAAAAUUGAAACCCUCAACAACCGGCUUUUUCCUCGUUUUCUCUUCCCAAAAUUCUCAUACAAUCGCUGAGAAUCCAGAAAGCGAGGAAGGAGUUUUGCUUCUAGGGUUUUCAGAAAAUAAAAUAAAAUUUAAGAUAUUUCUGAGAAUUCUAGGGCAAAAAUGAGCAGCUUUCAAGAUCUAGAAGCAGGUCGUACCUUCACAUCAAGAAGAAGUGAUUAUAUAAAUGGAAAACAAGAUCCUACACAAGCUGUAGCAUCAGGUGUUUUUCAAAUCAAUACAUCUGUUUCUACCUUUCAGCGCCUUGUUAAUACCCUUGGUACUCCUAAAGAUACACCUGAACUUCGUGAGAAAUUGCGCAAGACAAGAUUACAUAUCACACAGUUGGUGAAAGAUACUUCAGCUAAACUCAAACAAGCUAGCGAGACAGAUCAGCGUACUGAAGUUAGUGCUAGCAAAAAGAUAGCUGAUGCUAAACUUGCUAAGGACUUUGAAUCAGUUCUAAAAGAGUUUCAGAAAGCACAACGUGUUGCAGCCGAAAGGGAGGUUCAAUAUGCCCCUUUUGUUCCACAGUCGGUUCCUUCCAGCUAUACUCCAAGUGAGCUGGACAGAAAUUCGGAUAAGAACCCUGAACAGCGCACUGCUCUUAUAGAAUCUAGAAGGCAGGAUGUCUUGCUACUGGACAAUGAGAUUGUUUUUAAUGAAGCAAUCAUUGAAGAAAGAGAACAAGGUAUCCAAGAGAUACAGAACCAGAUUGGUGAGGUAAACGAGAUUUUCAAAGAUCUUGCUGUCCUGGUCCAUGAGCAAGGAGCUGUCAUCGAUGACAUUGGUUCGCACGUCGAGAACUCAUAUAUGGCAACUCAGCAGGCAAAAUCCCAACUUGCGAAAGCGGCGAAGACCCAAAAAUCAAAUUCAUCUCUGACGUGCUUGUUGUUGGUGAUUUUUGGGGUCGUCCUGCUCAUUGUGAUAAUCGUCCUGACAGCUUAAGUAUCAAGAACCUUGGUGUGUCGAUCAAUUAUCUUGGGCAAGCCAAUUCUGUUGGACAAGGUGUUAUUAUCAAACUAUGCUUAUCACUUCCGAAAUGUGGUUUUACAAAUCUAGCGUGGAUCACUGCUGACUUUAUCUCAUCUUGCCUCAUGGUUACAUAUAUAGUAUCGUAUAUAAGUUUGGGUUAUUGGUUGGUUACUUGUAGUAAUUCAGUUGCUUUUGUUUGGAAGUUUAUCUUCCUUUCUGUUACCCAUUGUAAGUUGUGUUUUGAGGUUUUUGUUUGUGGUCCGUGCAUUUCAAGUGUCAAUUAUCUAAUUGUCAGCGGUUUGAUCCUGAUAUCAUCAACAAAUUAAAAUUCUUUUGAUUAUUAUAUCAUUGCAUGCAUGUUCUGCUCA